AUGUCAAGCGUAAACGCACUCUCAGAACCAACAAUUCCACAAUUGCCUAACGAGGUCAUUAUUGAUAUACUCUCAGCUCUAUCUUCUUAUCAUCAAGGUACUUUAGCUUCAUGUUGUGCUGUCUCUAGGGCAUGGAAUGGGUUGGCGACUCCGGAGCUGUAUAGAUGGUCCAGACCAGUCGAAUUUGUAGAUAGAGACCGUACUCAAGAAGGGAUCGAGGUGAUAUCAAAUGCACCGUUCUUGAGAUUAGGUAUCCAUCAUUUGAGCGAAAUCCGCCAUCUUGCCAUAGGCUAUCAUCCCAACUCUUAUUGCUUGGAUCAUCACGAUCAUCGCAUGAGACUGCCAAAUCUCAAGUCGGUCCAAUUGGAAUUAGGAGAAAGGCAUCAGCAUAUUCAACCUUUACACAAUAGCGAUAUACCUUACUCUGGAACUUCACCUUCCGAAUGUCCUUUACUGAAGGGUUUACACCCUCAAACGGUAGUUAACAGAAAUGUAUCACUCCGAAUGAUCAAUUUGAAUAUCCCCAGCAUCCCUACUUCACUAUGGGAACAAGUUGAGACACUUGUAUUUAUCAGUUCGUCUUUUGAGAAAAAUCAAGGUAACGGAUGGGAACCAUUUCUCCCAAACCUACCAAAAUUGGAACGUAUCUUUUGGCUGUUCGAUCCCCUUGCACCCGGCGAAAGCAAAGAGAGAAAGAGGAGAAAUGAUUGGAACGAACUGAAUCUGUAUAUCAUAUCGGAGCUCCUCUCAAUGUGCGAAUCAAGUAAUGUAUCGUUCUGCAUUGUUAAUGCAGGGUCCACGAUCAUGAAAGAUCCAUGUUGGAGAUACCUUUCCGUUGUCAAAGCUCAAAAAGAAGCGGAAGAAAUAAUCGUCCGAAAACUCAGUGACAAGCUCAGGGCAGAGUCAUCAUCUAUUGAUGAAUUCGAUGUAAAAGAUCAUUUCAACGAUAUAACAUUUGCCACUUUGGAAGAGUUCAUUGAAGAUGAAGAAUGGUAUGAAUGGAUGGACAGUGAAGAGUUGAGUAGAUGGAAGAAAGUCAUGAGUCGUCUACCAAGGUAA